AUGGAAAGAAGUUGGAAUCCGGUUCCCAUAGCAACAAAGGCAGUUGCCAGGCUACCUGAGAAAGGUAUAACUGGCAGCAUCCUUGCUCCCAUUGUGCAAGUGGUCCCCCUCAUGGCCCAGUUCCGCCCAUGGAUUCUGCUGUUGUUAUUAAGUCUCUCCUUCAGUCUUGGCAGUGAAAGCAGCAACCUGCCCAAGGUGAGUGAGGACAGCAUCAGUAUUUUUGUUAAACAUAGGAAGUGUUCUGCUUCAUCACUCCAAUGACCCAUCUAGUCCAGCAGUUAUCAUAAUGGCCAACCAGAUGUCUUUGGGAAUCCCAUUAACUUACAGAAUAUGAUUACGGUACUUCACUGAAGGUAGGCAAAUUUUAACCAUAAAAAUAUCACAAUGGUCUGUUGAUGCCUCUUCUUUUUAGAUCAGGGAUGGAGAAGCCCAGAGGCCUCUCUAACUGGCCAUGAGGACCCUCCCUGAGCCACAUCCCUUACCAACCCCUGCUUCACACCUUCCUGUAUCAUUUGAGUAAAUGGAACAUCUGUGUGUUUGCCCUGAAGGUCCAACCCUGAGCGCACCGCUGAGUUUAUUUCCAGGACCAUUCUUAAAUGUUUCUGCUUCUACUUCUGGAUGUCCAUUCGCCCUCACUUGGGCACUAUCUGAUUUUAAACUCUUCAUUCUUCUUUCGAAACAGGGAUGGGUGAUACAUUUGCCGUGUCAGUUUAGCCAGAAAGCAAACAACUUCUCUCAGGAGAGAGGGAAUUGGAGUGGCUCAUUUUCUAAACUAAUGCAGGGGGCUUAUGAAAUCAGUGUGGGACAGUAUUAAUAAGAUAUAAAUGUAGGAAGGUGGAUGGGUGGAUAGUCUUGUGAUGCGACAGGUCAAGGGGACGGAAUGUUCAUUGUUUGAAAGCUCUACCCCUCUAUCUGAUCAUUGUGGUGCCAUUGGAAGUACCUUUUCCCUUUAAGCUGCCCCUUGUCACCCACCCUGGCCACCUUUCCUACACAUGAGCAGGUGUCUGCUUCUCAGAUAAGGAAGCCAAUUCUGUUCCUCACAACGGAUGCGAUCUUAGAAUGAGCAGAUAGGGACAGAAAGAGUGACUGUCACUCAAUGAAUCUUAGCUGGUUUAUUUAUCGGUUGUAUUCAACUAAGUCCUGCUCAGACUGAAUAAAAUUAUUCACCCUAAGCUAUUCAUGCCUAUUACCUUCAAUGGUCUACUCUGAGAAGGAGCAUCAUUGAACACCUAUUCAUUCAUUCAUUCAUUCAUUCACAAAACCAGCUUGCAGUCACAUAACACAGACUUCAUUUGCAACAACAGCAAUCACAAAACAAACAUUUUAUAACAGCAGUCUAACUGUGAUUAGAAAAGCUAAACAACAGGAGUUAAGAAUAAAACCUAGCACAGCACUUGAACUGAAGAAACGAAAUACAGUAAUUAACACUGAAACAAGAAGAAAUGUAGACCAGUUUUAAAAAACUAUUUUAAAAUUUAUAUUAAUGAAAACUUAUUUUAUUACUUGUUAUUUUAUUAUUACACCUAUAUCCCACCUUUUCUGCAAGUAGCUCAAUGUGGUUGGUUACACACUUCUCCCCUUCUGCCUUAUAUCCUCAGAACAACCCUGUGAGGUAGGGCAGACUGGGAGAGAAUGGCUGCCCCAAGGUCACCCAGUGAGUUUUGUAGCUGAGUGGGGAUCUGAACCCCAGUCUCCCUAGUCCUAGUCCAGCACUCUAACCACCACACUGGCUCUCUCUUAUUAAUCCGUUUUAACCAAUUACAUCUGCAUUCAUUUGCAUAUGAAUCAAGACAAGACUGUUAAGAAAUAAUGAUACAUUCUGUGUUUUUAGACAGUGCAUGUAUGUCACAGCAGAUGCCUCUGUAGAGAGGGAAGAGUGGUAAUCUCUUCUGUUCCAUCUGCAGUUUUCAGAAACACUUGUGUUAAAAACAAUUAACAUUAGCAAACAAAGGAUUGCUUCCAAUGUUAGUCACAUUUGGAAUAGGCCCAAUUAAAUUAAUAGACAUGGCUUAGAUCUGCCCAAUCGGCCUCCUCUGAGUAUAACUUAGUUCAGGGGUGGGGAACAGAAUAAUAGAAUCACAGAAUGGUAGAGUUGCAAGGGAUCCUGAGGGUCAUCCAGUCCAACCCCCUGCAAUGCAGGAAUCUCAACACAUGGGGCCCCAUCCAAUUUGAAACCAUACAGGACCCUGCUUAGCUGGGUCAACUAUGAGAGGUGGACAGGGGCAGCUCACCUGUUCAUCUUCUGACAUGAUGAUGACAUCAGGUGGCUAUUGGGUGGGCAGUCCCACCCAUCUGUGAAAGUUGACCCAUGGAGAGGUAUCAGCUUUGAUGGUGCAUUCCUUGCUAAUGCACAGAGACAUCAAUCCUGCUCUCUGCUUUGCCAGUGCAUUUCCCUCAUGGGAUCCACUGACGAAGCUGCACCAAGCAGGAUUGAACCCUGCCCCGCCCUGCCUAUCAGCCAAUGUCAUCCAGUAAUGUUGUCCGAUUGACCAAUGUCAAGUGGGCCUCCUGCCCUAGAGGAGUCCCAACCACCACCAUCACCAACUCAGCUUAGUACAACCCAAAAGCAACAUGUUGCCUGCUGAUUUGGAGAUGCCCUUUGAGUUGAUUACAAAGGCUUUUAAUUAAUUAAGUUCCAUUUAUUAAACAUUUUGGCCCAGAUAAGAAGUCAAUCCCCCUUUCUGUCUACCCAGUGGGUUUGAUUGGGUCAUGGGCACAGUUCUGAGACCAAGAAGCUAGACCAGUUUUUCCCAACCUCAUGUUGUGGCCUCCCAUUUAUGCAUUUUUCACCUGUAGUCCCCUUGGAAUAUACUGGGGGCCCCCAGGGGGCCACGUGGUCCCCAGCUUGGAAACACAGUUCUAGACCACACACUUAUCGCAGGACAGCACAACCAGUUUGCUGAAUGGUUGCAGGAGGGUUGUGUUUUCUCUUUCUUACUCCAGGCCGUCUACAUAGCAAGGAGACAUUCAACCAAACAUGCAGAGGAAAGCUCCCACAGAACUACACAGCCAAUCAGAGCACAUGAUACCUUACUAGAGAUCAUGCUACAUUUUCUGACUGCUAAGCCAUUCCUCCACCAUCACUCCUUAAGUAGUUUACAGAGAACAGAAUUAAUACCCUAAAUUACAACCUAAACGAUCCCUGCUGCUGCAUUUCCAACAAUAGAGAGGCUGUGAGGACCGCUCAUUCAUUCCCUGAGCCUAAGGCUCCCCAUUCCUUUGUUAGAAAGCAUACUUUUGCCAGAACCUCCUCUUGCCCUAUUGUGCUCAGGUGCUCAUUUCUUUCUCCCUCCCCUCCCUGCUGUUCACAUAAUCGCUCCCAUCUUUGCAAACAGGUCACUGGGUACCCAAAUGUACGGAGGAAGUCUAACGAAAGUUGCCCAGAAGGCAAAAAGCAAGCCCACCAUGGUGGAACCCAGCUCAGCACAGAUCAUUAAGCAGCCACGGAAGAAGAAGAAGCGCAUUCGGAGGCGGCGAAUAAAAUCCUGCGGCUCCCAACGGCAAAGGACCAAGCGCACCAGCAAGCUCAAAGUGCAAGGCAGAAGCUGCUCAGCCUUUAGGUAAAGGGCCGCCUCUCAUUGGCUUCUCCCCAUCUACAACUCUUCACAAAUGGCACCUAAUACCUGCACUGCAUCUGUAAGAACUCAAUUGUAUUGUGUGGCAGCACCAACCCUUUGGAACUCCCUGCCUAUUGAUACCAGGCAGGCACCUUUGUUGUAUUCUUUUUGGAGCCUGCUGAAGACAUUCUUAUUUAGACAAGCCUACCCAGAUGUUUUAGGGACGUGGGUGGCGCUGUGGGUUAAACCACAGAGCCUAGGACUUGCCGAUCAGAAGGUUGGCGGUUCGAAUCCCUGCGAUGGGGUGAGCUCCCAUUGCUCAGUCCCAGCUCCUGCCAACCUAGCAGUUCGAAAGCACGUCAAAGUGCAAGUAGAUAAAUAGGUACCGCUCCGGCGGGAAGGUAAACGGCGUUUCCGUGCGCUGCUCUGGGUCACCAGAAAGUGGCUUAGUCAUGCUGGCCACAAUAGCUGUACGCUGGCUCCCUCGGCCAGUUAAGCAAGAUGAGCACCGCAACCCCAGAGUCGGCCAUGACUGGAUCUAAUGGUCAGGGGUCCCUUUACCUUUACCUUUUACCCAGAUGUUUAGAAAGUUUAGAAACGGCGUUUCAAUGCGCUGCUCUCAUUCGCUAGAAGCGGCUUAGUCAUGCUGGCCACAUGACCCAGAAAAACUGUCUGUGGACAAACGCCGGCUCCCUCAGCCAGUAAAGCAAGAUGAGCGCCGAAACCCCAGAGUCGUUCGCAACUGGACUUAACUGUCAGGGGUCCCUUUACCUUUACCUUUUUACCCAGGUGUUUAGAAAGUUAGCAUGUAAUUUUAUUUGUUUUAGUCUGUUUUAUUGCCAUUUUAACUUUCUGUAUGCUUUAAAUUGUGGUUGUAAAAUCUUUUAAUGAAAAUGUUAUUGUUUUAUCUCAUUGAGGAUAUUUUUCCUCCAACCAAGCUUAUUAAAUAAAAUAAUGAAUGAAUGAAUGCAGAUGACAUACUGCCUGGGAGUUAGGUCAAAAUUUGGGAUAAUGGAUCUGUUCCAAAUCCUGGGUCAGGGGCUUGAUAAAGCACAUGAUAAAACACAUUUAACACACACUUAAAGUGCAUCAGUUUCCCCUAAACAAUACUGGAAGCUAGAGUUUCCCUCUCACAGAGCUAGAAUUCCCAGCACGAGAUGGGAUGGCAACCCUUAAAAUUCAUGUAAAGGUGCUCUUGAUAAUGGCACACUUUGAGAUUAUGGAAGGUUGGAUGCAGGGCACAUUGGCCUAAAGGCUUUUGCUUUUGCCUUUUGUGGGAGUAUUCUGCAACAUGUCACUGACACAAUAAGAGUGCAUUAAAGGUAAAGGUAAAGGGAACCCUGACUGUUAAGUCCAGUUGCGGACGACUCUGGGGUUGUGGCGCUCAUCUCGCUUUACUGGCCGAGGGAGCCAGCGUUUUUCCACAGACAGCUUCCGGGUCAUGUGGCCAGCAUGACAAAGCUGCUUCUGGCAAACCAGAGCAGCGCAUUGAAAUGCCGUUUACCUUCCCGCCAGAGUGGUACCUAUUUAUCUACUUGCACUUUUUGGCAUGCUUUCAAACUGCUAGGUUGGCAGGAGCAGGGACCGAGCAACUGGAGCUCACCCUGUCACAAAGAUUCGAACAGCCGACCUUCCAAUCGGCAAGCCCUAGGCUCCGUGGUUUAGACCACAGCAACACCCAUGUGCACUAAUAGUGCAUUAGUGGUGGGUUUAUACUGGACCAUCCACAUGUCAUUCCACUUUAUUAGCUGUUCUUCUUCAGUGCUACUGCAUUAUUGUUGCUUAUAAGCACAAUAAAAACUGAGCAAAGUAAAUAAAAUAAAACGAACCAGAGCAUUUGUGGUAUGAAAACAAAUGCAAUAAUUUCGGCAGGAAGUUACAGGACAUGCACCGGUUGGAAACAAAGCAGCAUGUCUGUCCUGGAACAUUUGCAGCUAUAAACAGUAUUGAGAGCGGCAUCAUGAGUGCAUGGUAAAAAGAGUGCCUGUUGUAAUGCCAGGAGUACAGAUGAUUCCUAGUAGAUGUUUAUAUGCUUUUUGUCUCUUUUGUCUUGUACAGGCUGCCACUCCAAAGCCAAGAGAGGUGUUGCUGUUUCAAGGGGGCCAUAGUCAACUUCACUCCAGAACCCAAAGUUGAAAUCCUUCCAUUCAAGGUAUCCAAACUACAUGAAUUAUGACUACAGUUUCGACCCCAGAAUGUCCCUAUUUCUCCCUGCCAGUGCUGCCGCCGCCACAGCCCAGGGAGGAGAAUGAGCCAGCUCUUGUCCCUAGCUGUGACAGUGAGGGAGCAUCCUGUGGCCUCUCUGUGGCCUUUCUACGGUCGCGCUUGUCAUACUCCUCCCUUGGGCAGCUUGUAGCAGCUGCUGGGGGGUGAGCAAGGAGGAAGAGAGGCUGCCACUGCUGAGGCCCAGCCCCAUGUGCCAAGCUGGCUCUGAGGGGCAGGCAGAGGACAGGACUGCCCUGGGCAGGAAGAAAGAGGAGUGGAGCAGAGGGCAAGGAUUCUUUUUCUUCAACAGUCUGGAGGCGGUUGGAGGAUGGAUGGCAGCCAAGAGAUUGAGGUUGAAUCCUGACAAGACAGAAGUACUGUUUCUGGGAGACAGUGGGUGGGCAGGUGUGGAGGACUCCCUGAAUGGGGUAACUGUGCCGCUGAAGGACCAGGUGUGCAGCCUGGGAGUAAUUUUGGAUUCACAGCUGUCCAUGGAGGCACAGGUCAAUUCUGUGUCCAGGGCAGCUGUUUAUCAGCUCCUUCUGGUACGCAGGCUAAGAACCUACCUGCCCACAGACUGCCUCGCCACAGUGGUGCAUGCUCUAGUUAUCUCCCACUUGGACUACUGCAAUGUGCUGUAUGUGGGGCUACCUUUGAAGGUGACCCGGAAACUGCAAUUAAUCCAGAAUGCGGCAGCUAGACUGGUGACUGGGACCGACCGCCGAGACCACAUAACACCGGUCUUGAAAGACCUACAUUGGCUCCCAGUACGUUUCUGAGCACAAUUUGAAGUGUUGGUGCUGACCUUUAAAGCCCUAAAUGGCCUCGGUCCAGUAUACCUGAGAGAGAGUCUCUACCCCCAUCAUUCUGCCCGGACACUGAGGUCCAGUGCUGAGGGCCUUCUGGCGGUUCCCUCACUGCGAGAAGCCACGUUACAGGGAACCAGACAGAGGGCCUUCUCGGUAGUGGUACCUGCCCUGUGGAAUACCCUCCCAUCAGAUGUCAAAGAGGAGAACAACUACCAGACUUUUAAAAGACAUCUGAAGGCAGUCCUGUUUAGGGAAGCUUUUAAUGUUUAACAGACCACUUUAUUUUAAUACUUUGUUGGAAGCCGCCCAGAGUGGCUGGGGAAACCCAGCCAGAUGGGCUGGGUAUAAAUAAUAAAUUAUUAAAUUAUUAUUAAUUAUUAAAUUAUUAUAAUAAAUUAAUAAAUUAUUAUUAUUAUUAUUAUUAUUAUUAUUAUUAUUAUUAUUAUUAAAAUCAUUUAUUUAUUUAUUUUACCAAAGAAUAAAAUAAAAUCAGGAUUAAGGGUUUUUUUUUAGGAUAGUGGAGGGUGUGUGUGCUGUGUCCCAUUGGUGUAGUGGUGGUGGAAAUGCUCUGCAGGUGUGGGAGACAAAAAAUGGGGGUCAAAGAGGGUCAGUUGGGAGCAGUGAGAAAUGUUCCUAUCUUCAUCUGAUUAAUGUAUCUGGGAAUGGUAUUGUUUAGGGGGGGCGUUGCUGCUGUUAUUGAUACUAUUCUUUUAUAUCUUAUCAUAUGUGGACAUUGUACCAUUUGGUUGUACUCUUUUUGAUGUUGUUUUAUUUAUUGUUUAUGACUUCUUUUUGUAAUUAAGUUCCCCGCCGCCACCCCCCUGCAUGUUGUAAGCGGCCUUGAGCAUGGCUUUAACUAUAGAAAGGCAGAAGGAAAAGAAAAUUACUGUAUUUUCCCGUGUAUAAGACUAUAUCCCCCACACACAUUUUUUUUUUUUUUAAGUUUAAAAUUGGGGGUCGUCUUAUACACGGAAUGUUGCAAUUAUUUAUUUCUUAAUUUUGGGCUCAAAAAAUAGGGGCCGUCUUAUAUAUAGGGGCGUCUUAUACACUGAAAAAUACAGUAUGUAUGAUUUAUGUAUGUAUUAAUGUACUUUCCCUUCGGAGGGCUUUAAAAGAGGAUCAGACAAAUUCACAGAGGAGAAGGCUGUCAAUGGCUACACCACAAUGGCUAUCUUCCUGCUUCCCUGUCAGAGGCAGUAUUGCUUCUCAAUACCAGUUGCUGGGAAAUGCAGGGGGGGGUGCUGUUGCUCUCAGGUUUUGUUUGUGGGCUUCCCAGAUGCAUCUGGUUGGCCACUGUAAGAACAGGAUGCUCAGGACCAGCCCAAGAUAUUUUGGCCCUUUAGGCAAGCCGCAAAACAGUGUCUCCCUCUCCGCAAGGGAAGAAGGGAUGAGUGAAGAUCUAUACUGGGAACAAGUGGAGAACAACCAUCUGCAUCAGGAUCUGCUGCCCCGUGGAUCCUGCUGCCUGAGGCAGUCCCCUCACCUUGCCUCAUAGGUGGGCUGGCCUUGACGAUGCUGGAGUAGAUCCAGCAAGGCUCUUCUUAAUGAUUUCACCAUUAAACAAACAAACAAACAUUGCUUUGUUUUGUACAUAAUCCAUUCUAUUCCAGAUUAGUGACUAUAAUGGGGGUUGUCUCAUUCUGCUUGUAUGGUAUAAUGCAUUUAUAUUUAUGUUUUAAAUCUAAGUCAGUUGGCAACCUUUGAGUAACAAGCAACUAACAAGUCUAAGUCACAGGGAUAACAAUUUAAUACUAAGUGUGGCAACACCAGUGCUCUGGAACUCCUGCCUAUUGACGCCAGGCAGGUGCCUUGACUACAUUGUUUUAGAUGUCUGCUGAAAACCUUCAGCAUGCCUAUCCAGGGGCACAGAGCCAUAGCAGCCAAUCAGGCUUGAAGCUGGUUUAGAUUUGUGAUGCAGAUGUGCUGUCCUGCUCCUCCUCAUGUCUUCCUUUCCUUUGCAAAUACGUACAGGGACAUUUAAACAUUCCUGGGGUGAAAGCUAAGGAGAAAGAUGUGCCCAGCAAAAAAGUGGAGAGUUCUGAAAAACGAAAAAAUGUUAUCAGCAUAAAAGAAAACCCAAGGUAAUGCAACCACAAGACAGUGUUUUGAAUAAAUGUGUGGUGCUCUCUGGAAACUGUUAUCACCAUUGUUCUUAGCACAGGUGCAUAAGAAGCUGCCUUGUAGUGAGUCAGACCAUUGGUCCAUCCAGUUCAAUACUGACUACACUGACUGGCAGCAGCUCUCUCGGGUUUCAAAUGGGGGUCUUUCCCAACACUACUUAGAGAUGCCGGUGCCUGAACAUGGGACCUUCUGUUUGCAAAGUGAGUGUUUUACCACUGAGCUACAGUGGUACCUCGGGUUAAGUACUUAAUUCGUUCCGGAGGUCCGUACUUAACCUGGAACUGUUCUUAACCUGAAGCACCACUUUAGCUAAUGGGGCCUCCCACUGCCGCCGCGCCGCUGGAGCCCGAUUUCUGUUCUCAACCUGAAGCAAAGUUCUUAACCUGAAGCACUAUUUCUGGGUUAGCGGAGUAUGUAACCUGAAGUGUAUGUAACCUGAAGCGUAUGUAACCUGAACCAUAUGUAACCCGAGGUACCACUGUAUAGCCCUUGGAUAGAAGUUACCUGACAACAUCUCCCUAUUCUCAAUGUCAUUCUGAGAUUUUAUAAUUCAAAAAUCAAUUUUAAGAUUAAUUUAAAGUUGCAACCCUGCAUACCCAGGAUGGGAAUGGUGUCCCCUUUCAGAGCCCAGAAUUAUGAGAGAGGUGCCUGUACUCUUGUCACAGCAGCAAACUAAAUUUCACAAUGUCCUAUAAAACUUUUAAAAGUCAUCCUUAAAAGCUUUAAUGACAUUUCAAACUUUAAUUAGCUGCUGUUGUGCAAAAUGUGUGUCUGUUUCUAGGUGACUUUGCCCACAGUGUGUUGCUGUGAGGAAGGACCCUGUAGGUUAAAUAUUGUACCUGUCUCCUUCUGCUCCACACCCCAGGGCUAACAGCAACUUGGGGGGUGGGUAUUUUGAGAAGGAAAACACAAAGGUUACACACCAUCCUCCUCUUGUGCUACAGUUUUCAUCAACAUCAGAGGACUCCACUGGUGCUUUUAAGAUUCUAAAAGCACACUGGGAUAUCUGAUUACAGAUCACAUUUAACUCAAUUCUAAAACCACACAUUGUCUGUUGAACCAUGACUGACAGAUUAACACUCCAUGAAGCUGCUGAUAACAUAGGGAGCUUAUUGAGGGUGUUAUAUGCAGCUCCCUGUCAGGGCUCUUAACACAAGCCUGCAGCAAGACGGUCUCCUAGAGCCUGUACUCAAGGACUCCAUGAGCAUCUAACUCACUGUCCCUGUGCACAACAUGAUUUGCUUUACAGAAGUGCUUUUGACAUCACCAGCCAGAAAUAGCUCUCUGGUACAUUUAACACAGUACGAUUGCAAGGGUUCAUCCACCCUUCACCUAGUCCUGUGCCUAGAAAGCACAGGGCUGAGUGGUUUUCCGCUUGCCGCAUGCUUUCUAGGCAUAGGUCCAAGCAGUUUUGCAUUUGCCCCACAGCUUUGCCCUGGAAAACCCACUCUUUACUGCUGAAUUGGAAUAAGCAGCAAACCAUGGGAAACCCAAUUGCCAUUUGGUCCACUUCAGAAGUAAACCACAGGUUUUCCUGGAGGAAAGCAGUGGCACAAGCUGAGUUGUGGAUGAGCCCAUACAGUCAACAUCAAGAAUGAAUAGGUGGGCUCAACUUGAAUGACAAGUCUUUCAAUGUAAUUUAAUGCUUCCCUUCCUACAUUCAAUUCAAUCCCUUUGUCUCCCAUGCUGUCUGGACAAAAAGGUUGAAACAACCCAGCGCUGUGGAGAAGAGGCAAUAUCAGGCAGUCUCCGAAUACCAGUUUAUAUAUCCAGGUAAAACAAAACAAAAAGUAAACCCAUUGGCUAUCUAUAGCUGAAACUGGAAUGCUUUACAAAGACUGUCCCUGGACUUAGUAUAUUAAAAAUGGUGAUUGGCUGUUGCUGAGAAAACAACUCACAACUUAGAAGUGAUAAAACAGAACAGGGGGGAAAUGGACAAAUGAUGCACAAUAUGGUGGCCAUUUAUUCACUAUGCAAAUCAAACUGGUCUUCAAGAUACUCUCCAAAGUAUCUUUGUAGAUAUGGCUAUCCUUAGUAGUAUGGCUUGAAAUGUAUUUCCCCCCGGGAAGAACAAUUUGUAAUGGAUAGAACAACUUUCAUACUGUUCUCAGGACUUUAUAUGCUGGAUAUUUGGAUUAUCUGUUUGGAUUACUAGGAAUAAUCUAUGUUAAUAUGUGGCCGGAUAUUUGUAAUGAGUGUGUAUUAUGUUAUAUAUGUUACUAUAUAUGUAAAAACCAAUGAAGAUUGUUAUACAGUGGUGCCCCGCAAGACGAAUGCCUCGCAAGAGGAAAAACUCGCUAGACGAAAGAGUUUUCGGUUUUUUGAGUCGUUCCGCAAGACGAAUUUCCCUAUGGGCUUGCUUCGCAAGACGAAACGUCUUGCGAGUUCUUGCGAGAUUGUUUCCUUUUUCUUAAAGCCGCUAAGCCAUUAAUAGCCGCUAAGCCGCUAAGCCGUUAAUAGCCGCUAAGCCGCUAAGCCGUUAAUAGCUGCUAAGCCACUAAGCCGCUAAUAGCCGUGCUUCGCAAGACGAAAAAACCGCAAGACGAAGAGACUCGCGGAACGGAUUAAUUUCGUCUUGCGAGGCACCACUGUAUUUUAAAAAAAUCACCCUUGGAUCGACAGGACAUUCACGUCUACCUCUCUGCUAUGUAAGACUAUUAAGUCCAGAGAGUCUCAAAGUAUGCCUUGCUGUCAGACUGUUACCCUUUGAGUAUAGCGCUCAUUAUGUUUUAUAAAUCUCUUUCCUCCGCAGGAAAGUCCGUUUACUAUUGCACUGGCAAAAAUGAAAACCAACAGCCUUGUACCCUCUCUACAACAAAUGCAAGACAUAAGCAAUUGAUCCAGAACCCUCAGUGCCAACAGGAGACAAAGAAAGCUCAAAGGUACAGUUAGGAUUAGUUCCCAUAAACUGAAACCCUGGGGAGCUUCUGCUUGUCAAGUGUAGGCAAUUCUGAACUAAAUGGACCAAAGGUCUGGCUCAGUAUAAGGCAGCUUUCUAUGUACCUGUGGCUAAGUUAGGGCUUCAGCUUGGUGGUAGAACAUCUGCUUUGCAUGCAGAAGGUCCCAGGUUCGUCCAAUCCCCAGCAUCUCCAGGAAGGACUGGGAAUGGCUCUGGUCUGAAACCAGCUAGAUACCAGCUAGUGUAGACAGUGAGCUAGAUUAUCUGAUGCAUUUAAAGGCAGCUUCCUAUGUCCCGAAGCCUAUGUAAUGUAUAUGUAUUAGUACUGGAAUAAAGGCAUGUUCAUUUCCUCAGCUGCCCCUGCUUCCAUUUCCAGUACCCUUCCUCUGCUGAAUUUUGGAUUGUAAGUCGUUCGGAGCAGCAGCUUAGAAAAGUGGCAUGUGGGAGCAUUGCUGCUUAGUGACAGCAAUCCUCCUUCCUAAAAACAGAAGUUGGUUUGUACGGGAGGCAGUGGUGGCUGGUACCUGUUGAAACUGGUAGGGUGGAAGAUGGGGAGCCCAACAGUAGGUGGCACCAGAGCCAAUGAUAGGCUGAGCUAACUAAUUCUAGCUUUGCCCCAUCCUCCUCCCUGCCGAAUUUUACAAGAGCAACACUGACACAGAGGAGGAAACCGACACGCACCCUGGAUUUGUAAGUAUUUGGGCAAGUUGGGGCUGGCUUGGCAGACUAAGCUUGCUGGGGGUCAGUGAGCUAUUUGCCCUAAUGGACCAGUCCCCACUGAUGGGAAGAAGGCAUUCUGGCUACGUAUCCUGGGCCCAAAUCCAGUGAGCAGUUCACAAAAAAGAAUUAGUGCAACGUCUCUCUGUGGUCCCCACACCCCCUUGCUUCUUCGUCUACACCUAGGGGAAAAGCAAGCACUGAUACCAAAUGCCUGAUUGGCAGUGAGUUUCUGAGAAGCAUGCCCCUGAACACCCUACCGCACGGACUUGCCAGCCUGACGUACAAAAUCAACAAAUUGGUGCUUGUCAACAAAAAGGCAGAGGCGUUCCCUGAACAAACCCCCGCAAGCCCAGCAGAGCAACAGCACGCUCCCGCAGUGCAGCAGCAGCCAGCUCCUGAAAAAGCAGUGCCCCCGGCAGACGUCUUCCGUGGGUACCCUGCAAGGAAAGGGGGCAAAGGAGGAUGGAGUGGAGAUAUGGAGUAUGACCUAGACUGGUUCAUACAAGGAGGUGCUACGAAUGCACCUACUGAGUCCCACGCGUGUCCAGGGAGCCCCCCGAAGCUGAGACCCGUGUCGGCAAAGGAUUGCUAUGAAGGAUUUUCUCUGACCCAACUCUUCAGCAGCAGAGAGAAAUGGAAUGGUGAGACUUUUGGAGAAGUGGACACCACUGGAAUCCAGCCGGGCCUUGGCGCGAGCAGGAGAGCUGCUAUCACUCAUGCCCGGAGCGCCAUUGUCAUCCCAUAUAUCAGCCAGGACUCCUCCAGCGAAGGCAACUGA